GAAGCUCGGCGAGCGGCGGCGGGAGGGCCGCCCCCGCCACCCGGGGCUGCGCGCUGGGCAGAGGCGGCGGGGAUGGGCGGGCGCGGGGCGGCUCCGCCAGCCGCCGUCCUCCGAGCUUCGGCCGCCUCCUGCCGAGCUAUAUAGGGGAAAGAGGGGCGGCGGAGGGUGGGUGCCCGGCGUGGCCAAAGCGCACGGUGCGGCGAUGCCUCCUGCCAGAGGAGCGCACAAGUGACCGGCGCCUCUUCCCAUGCCGUCUCCUGAAGCGACACCCCCGUCCGGCAUGGAUGUGGCCAACAACACUACCUCCCCAGAGCGCUCUCCCGAGGGGGCAGACGGCCCCGGCUUCGCCGAAGUGUCCCUGGGCUACCAGCUGGUCACCUCUAUGCUCUUGGGCACCCUCAUCCUGUGCGCCGUGAGCGGCAACGCCUGCGUGAUCGCGGCCAUCGCCCUGGAGCGCUCCCUGCAAACCGUGGCCAACUAUCUCAUCGGCUCGCUGGCCGUCACCGACCUCAUGGUGUCCGUGCUAGUGCUGCCCAUGGCGGCCCUCUACCAGGUGCUGAACAAGUGGACGCUGGGGCAAGUCACCUGCGACAUCUUCAUCUCGCUGGACGUGCUGUGCUGCACCUCAUCCAUCCUGCACCUGUGCGCCAUCGCCUUGGACAGGUACUGGGCCAUCACGGACCCCAUCGACUAUGUCAACAAGCGAACUCCCCGGCGGGCCGCCGUGCUUAUCAGCCUGACCUGGCUUAUCGGCUUCUUGAUAUCCAUCCCGCCCAUGCUGGGCUGGAGGACGCCCGAGGACCGCUCGAACCCCGACGCCUGCACCAUCAGCAAGGACCACGGAUACACUAUCUACUCUACCUUCGGCGCUUUCUACAUCCCUCUGCUCCUCAUGCUGGUGCUCUACGGCCGCAUCUUCAAGGCAGCCCGCUUCAGGAUCCGCAAGACCGUCAAGAAAGUGGAGAAGAAAAAAGUCGCCGACACCUGCCUCACCCUCUCCCCGGCCGCCGUGCAGAAGAAAAGCAACGGGGAGCCUGGCAAGGGAUGGCGGCGGACUGUGGAGCCCAAGCCCGGUGCCUGUGUCAACGGCGCGGUGCGGCAAGGCGAAGACGGGGCCACCCUGGAGAUCAUCGAGGUCCAGCGCUGCAACAGCUCCUCCAAGACUCACCUGCCACUGCCCAGCGAGGCGUGCGGCUCCCCGCCGCCCCCCUCCUUCGAGAGGCGCAACGAGAAAAACACGGAGGCCAAGCGGAGGAUGGCUCUGUCCCGGGAGAGGAAGACUGUCAAGACCCUGGGCAUCAUUAUGGGCACCUUCAUCCUCUGCUGGCUGCCGUUCUUCAUCGUGGCGCUGGUCCUGCCCUUUUGUGACAGUAAGUGCUACAUGCCCGAGUGGCUGGGGGCAGUCAUCAACUGGCUGGGCUACUCCAACUCCCUUCUCAACCCCAUCAUCUAUGCCUAUUUCAACAAAGACUUCCAAAGUGCUUUUAAGAAAAUUAUCAAGUGCAAAUUUUGCAGGCAGUGAAGCCCGCCGCUCCGGGACGGGGCAGCGGGGUCUCCUGCCACUCGCUCUAUCCGCCUGGCGCCCGCCGCCGUGUGGCCCCCGCCCAGCCCCUCUCCAGCGCCGACAUGAGGGCGGGGGGCUCCGGCAGUGCGCCCGAGUCCCUCGCUCCUCCGCCCGUCGGACAAGCCCCGCGGGGCAGGGCAGGGCUGGGCUCCACCGGGGGCGGCGGGGGGAUGCUCGGGCCGGGAGAGCUGCGCGGCCAGCCUCGCCUCGCCUGGCCUCGCCGGGGCUCUGCUGCCGGGCGCCGGCGCUCCCGCCUCCCUCCCUCCUCUCCAUCAUUCUGUGUAGACUUAGGGUUUGCAGGUCCUUGCUUGUGGUCGCUAUAAACCACGGUGUCUGCCCGAGUAGCAUCGGUAAAAAACCCCACCCUAUGCAGAAAAUCGCCGUGUUGGGCGAUUUUCUUGGAUUUAUGAGGAGACGGCGGGGGCUCAGAGUCCGAUCUCGGUCUGGCGGUGUGAGUACGGAGGCUCAAGGCGACUCUCUGAGCGGAGGAAGGGGUUUUGGGCUCGUUGCUUCCCGGGCUGUGAAACCACCAAGGGGAUUUUCAUUCGGGGAAAAGCGACCGUGUUUUGUGACCUUACAAGGUACUUCUAGCAACAUACCCCUCUGCGUUGCGUGUAUCUGACCGCUCUCCUGCUAUGCUAGGACCUUCCAGUUCAUCGAGCUUCCCUUCGUUACAGCGCGGGGAGGUGAUGGGGCUUAAACCCAACCGCACGCCUCAUUAUAUGGAGAUAUUUUUUUUCAAAUGCCUUUGGCCGAGUGUUUCCCGCCAAGAAAAUGCUCGGCGCUCUGCGACUGUCCCUGAGUUCACCGCGCACGCAGCGGUGCAGGGAGUUUAAGCAGCCUGUGAAGUAGCGUUUCUUUUUUCUUUUUUUUUUUCCUUUUUAAGUCGCUUGAAAAAUUAUUUGGAGACUUUGGGGAUGCUUCGGAGGCAGCCAGCUGCCGCACAUUUUGCUCGGGGAAAAAAAAAAAAAAAGCAACCACAAACAACAAACCGAACCAAACCGAUCAACCAAAACAUUGCCAUGUGCUCCGUGGCAGUAGGGGAGGGGCCGAGAGCAUCUGCCGGCGGCAGCGGCAGGUGGCGAAAGCGGCAUCUCGGCGCAGCCUGGAAAGGGGCAAGCUCUCUCCUUCCCCGGGCCGGCACCGGCGGGGGUAAGCACGACCAUCCCCACAAGCUGAGAGGUACGACCAGAAGCAGGCAGUGCCACUGCGAUACCAAGGGCAGAGAGAGCCAAGCCUGGCCUGACCGGUCCCCGCGGCGGCUCCGCAAGCCUCUCCUCGCAGACGGUCCCCCCUCUCCCGUCAAUCCCAAUUACUUGGCCCCAGGAAACCCGGGGUGCUUCCCCUUCCCCGCCUGGCCCGGGGUUGGAGCAGGACAGCAGGACAGCCUUGCCCACCCCACAGUCCCUCUGCCUGCCACCCUGCCCCUUUCCUGCCGUGCCCCUGGCUCUCCCGCCGGCUGCGGCCGGGACCUGGGGCCGCUCUCGGGGCGGGGCGGGGGGGGGGGGGGGGCGCGGAGAGAUGGCACCGGGUUGGGUACUGGCACUGCGACGGCUGUCGCGUACCUCUGCGACAAGCUGCCUGAAAUGAAUGCUUGACCAAAUAUAUAUAUAUAUAUAUAUUUUACUGUUUAUUUUUGUGCAAUCUGUGUUACCUGUAGGUAAAAGGGAAUGUUGAAUCUGUGCGUCACGUGAAUGUAAGUGCCCAGUGAUUUCUGAACUUCAACCGCUUACAUUAAAUGACAAUAGUGCUUUUAACAGCCUCAG